CCAUUUUCGACAAAUAUAUUGAUCUAGGUUCUAAUUUUUCUGUGUUGCAAAUCUAGCUGCUGAUGACAGAUAAUGAAAUAUGUCAAAAGCUGCAAGCAGAUUGAAGAACAUCAAGAAGGCUGUGGAAAAGGUGGUGCAUGGACCAACUCUGAAGACAAACAUAAAGGCUGGAAGUGCAGUGGCAGGCCCUCCAUUGGGACCACAACUGGGACAGCGCGGCAUCAACAUCGCCGCGUUCUGCAAGGACUUCAACGAGCGCACCAAGGACAUGACUCCGGGCGUGCCGCUGCCGUGCCGGAUCACGGUGCGCGCCGACCGCAGCUACGAGCUGGUCAUCCACCAGCCGCCCGCCUCGUUCCUGCUGCGACAGGCGGCCGGAGCGCCGCGCGGCGCCAUGAAACCCGGUCAUGACAUAGCUGGGAAAGUAACGUUAAAACACAUAUACGAAAUCGCCAAAAUAAAAGCAACUGAUCCUCCUCUUCAUGAAGUCGAUUUAGAAGAAAUCUGCAAAUUAGUUAUUCGGACGGCACGGAGCUGUGGAAUUCAGGUGGUGCGUGACCUUGACCCGGUGGAGUACGGAGCCUUCCUGGAGGAGCGGCGAGCAGAGAUUAAAGCUCAGGAUGAGCAGCUGGCAGCUGUCAGGGAGGCCAAGCUGCUCCGGACUAAAUGAGGUGCCCGUUAAUGCCAGUGCUAGUGCCGUGAACUAGUGAUGGUGUGUGGUGACAUGUGCUAGAGAUGCUGCCGCAUACUGAUGUGCUGCCAGUGGGUGUUGUUGUACCGUGAUGUGUAACUGUAAUUUGAUUGAGACUUUUAGCAGAACGAGUGGUGGGAAUUGACGUGGUUGUUGAUAUGAAUACAAGACGCGUGUUAUUAG